AGAUAGCCACAAUGGCCGAGAAUGGUGACAGUGAAAAAAUGGCUGAGCUGGAAGCCAAAAUCUGCCAUCAGAUUGAGUAUUAUUUUGGUGACUUUAAUUUGCCUCGGGACAAAUUUUUAAAGGAACAGAUCAAACUAGAUGAAGGCUGGGUACCACUGGAGAUAAUGAUAAAAUUCAACAGGUUAAACCGUCUGACAACAGACUUUAAUGUAAUAGUAGAAGCAUUGAGCAAAUCAAAGGUAGAGCUCAUGGAAAUAAGUGAAGAUAAGACUAAAAUCAGAAGAUCUCCAAGCAAACCUCUCCCCGAAGUGACGGAUGAGUAUAAAAAUGAUGUAAAAAACAGAUCUGUAUAUAUUAAAGGCUUCCCAACUGAUGCAACCCUCGAUGACAUCAAAGAAUGGUUGGAAGGCAAAGGUGAAAUACUAAAUAUUCAGAUGAGAAGAACAUUGCACAGAGCAUUUAAGGGGUCAAUAUUUAUUGUGUUUGAGAGAAUUGAAUGUGCUAAGAAGUUCGUUGAGACCCCUGGCCAGAAGUAUAAAGACACAGACCUUCUAAUACUUUUCAAAGACGAUUACUUUGCAAAAAAGAAUGAAGAAAGAAAGCAAAAUAAAGUGGAGGCUAAACUACGAGCUAAACAAGAGCAAGAAGAAAAGCAGAAGUUAGCAGAAGAUGCUGAAAUGAAGUCUCUAGAAGAAAAGAUGGGCUGCUUGCUGAAGUUUGCAGGCGACUUAGAUGAUCAGACCUGCAGAGAAGAUUUGCACAUCCUUUUUGCAAGUCAUGGAGAAAUCAAGUGGAUAGACUUUGUCAGAGGAGCAAAAGAGGGAGUAAUUCUGUUUAAAGAAAAAGCUAAAGAAGUGCUGGAUAAAGCCAAAGAUGCGAGUAACAAUAACCUACAACUAAGAAGCAGAGACGUGGUGUGGGAAGUCCUAGAAGGAGAGGUGGAGAAAGCAGCACUGAAAAAAAUCAUGGAAGAUCAACAAGAAUCCCUGAACAAAUGGAAGUCAAAAGGCCGCAAGUUUAAAGGGAAGGGAAAGGGAAACAAAGCUGCCCAGGUGGGGUCGGCCAAAGGAAAAGUACAGUUGCAGGGCAAGAAAACGAAAUUCGAGAGUGAGGAUGAAUGCGAUGAAAAUGGUGGUGCAGCUGGACCAGUGAAAAGAGCAAGAGAAGAAGCAAACCAAGAAGAGCCUGCAUCCAAACAACAGAAAACAGAAAAUGGUACCGGAGACCAGUAGUGUAAGCGACCAUUGUAACAUUCAUUUUAUUUACAAUUAAUCUGCUUUCUCUUGGAGAUUUUUAAAAAGAAAAUCGAAUUAGGUCCACUUCAAUGUCCACCUGUAAGAAAGGAAAAUAUUUUUGUUUUGUCUUUUUGUUAUCAGAUGAGGAUUUUGUAAUGUAUAGCUGUGUGUUAACAGAUAAUUCAAAAGGAAGGUUCUUCCACUAAAUUGCCUUUUUAAUGUGGAUAUAUUAGUAUAAAAUUUAAUAAAAUAUAUGCUAUAUAAAAAGAGCAAAAACCUAGUUUUUUUGUUUUUAACUUUUGGUUUUGUGCAUUCAAAAGGGUUAUGUAUUCUUUUUUUGGGGGGGGGGGUUUAUUCUUAAACCAGAUCAUUUGCUGUUUGCUUAGAAGCCCAUCAUAUAGUGAAUUAGCAUCUCAUUUCCUCUAUUUGCUUGCUGUAUUUACUUAGGAAACUUGGUAACAGAAGAAAUCAUUACUUAUUGAAAAGCUUACAUCUGAAUGUACUUCAGUCAGAAUCGAGAGACUUACUGAUUUCUUUUUGUGAAAUCUGUAUGAUGCUGGCAGGUCAUAUCUCAGCUCUGUAAAACAAAAUACAUUUAAUGUAAAAAAUUACAUUUUCAAAUAUACAGCCACUGACUUUUAAGAACUAAGAAAGUAGUACCCAAUGCUUGUAAGCUAAAUAAACAUUUUAGACCCACCACUUUAGCUCAUCCAACCCUGACUCAAUGUAGUCCCAAGAUUAGCCACAGCAAACUAAGCUUGGUAUUUCUACAAUUUUGGCCAUGUAUCCUGAAAUUUGACAUUGCGGGGAGAAGUUUAGGGGAUAACAGAUGGAACAAAAUAACUAUCUUCCAUGAAAAUGAUAGUAGCUUUCUAUUAAUUUCCUGAUCAGUUUUAAUAGUAACCAGCUAUUCAAGAUGUUUUCAUCCUGAUUUUAGUGAUCAUAUGUAGCUAAAUAUUUACCCAUUAAAAGCUCUCAGAUACACACUUAUUUUUCAUGUUCUUUUUGUAGAAUGUAGGUUUUCCAAACUCUUUAAUCAAGCUAAUAAAUUUUAGAGAAGCAGCAUUACGCUUACCUGCUCUUUACUUUUGCAACAUUAAUCCUAACCCUCUAGAUCAGAGCUUCUUAGAUUAUAAUGUAUAAGAACAUUACCUGGGGAUCUUGUUGAAAUGCAGAUUUAUAAUUCAGUGGGUCUGGCCUAAAACAUUUCUAACAAGCCCUCAAUGGAUACAGAUUGAUGGUCUCAGGACCACACCUGGAGUAGCAAGGUUGUAUAGCUAGGGAUACUAAUAGGACUUCUAAGUGCUUCAUAUCAUAUAAUACCUUAAGAGAGGUAAGGAAUGAGCAAUACUGAAUAUACUAAGCAGACUUGUUAAUGCUAUUAGAAGCAGUUACAUGUUUAACAUAGUGCCAACUUCUGGUCAGUUUACUAUCAUCUGAAAAAUAUCUCCCCCUAUUGUACUCUUAUUUCAGGCUUUUCAAAAUUAUUUGGAUUAUAGUUAGCUUCUAGUAAUGUUUUUCCUGUUUUGAUGUUUGUGAAUAUUAUCCAGUUUACUAAUAAAAAUGUAUCAAACUUAA